AUAUAUUCCUCAUAUCUUUCCCUUGUAAGAACAUCCAUCCAUCCAUCCGCCUUUCGUCUUUCUCUUCCCGCACUCUCUCUCUCUCACUAUUUUCUUCUCCUUUUCUCCAGCAGCGAGUUUAGGGUUUUUUUCUUUCCACUUAAGAUGGCAGAAGGUGAGGACAUUCAGCCACUCGUGUGCGAUAAUGGGACUGGAAUGGUUAAGGCUGGAUUUGCCGGAGAUGAUGCUCCGCGAGCUGUGUUUCCUAGCAUUGUGGGUCGUCCUCGUCACACUGGUGUGAUGGUUGGAAUGGGGCAGAAAGACGCCUAUGUUGGUGAUGAAGCUCAGUCGAAGAGAGGUAUCUUAACUUUGAAAUACCCAAUUGAGCAUGGUAUUGUGAGUAAUUGGGAUGAUAUGGAGAAGAUAUGGCAUCACACGUUCUACAAUGAGCUUCGUGUUGCACCAGAAGAGCAUCCCGUUCUUCUUACUGAAGCACCUCUUAACCCCAAGGCUAAUCGUGAAAAGAUGACCCAAAUUAUGUUUGAGACAUUUAACACCCCUGCCAUGUAUGUCGCCAUUCAGGCCGUUCUUUCUCUUUAUGCAAGUGGGCGAACCACCGGUAUUGUGCUGGAUUCGGGUGAUGGUGUGAGCCACACAGUCCCCAUCUACGAAGGAUACGCCCUUCCACACGCGAUCCUUCGUCUUGAUUUGGCUGGUCGAGACCUGACGGAUCACUUGAUGAAGAUCCUUACAGAACGUGGUUAUUCAUUUACCACUACUGCAGAGCGGGAAAUUGUGAGAGAUGUGAAAGAGAAGUUGGCUUACAUAGCUCUGGACUACGAACAGGAGAUUGAGACUUCGAGAACCAGUUCGUCAGUCGAGAAAACCUACGAGUUACCUGACGGUCAAGUGAUCACUAUUGGUGCUGAGAGGUUCCGAUGCCCUGAGGUGCUUUUCCAGCCAUCGAUGAUCGGAAUGGAAGCUGCUGGAAUCCACGAGACUACAUACAACUCUAUCAUGAAGUGUGAUGUGGAUAUCAGGAAGGAUCUGUAUGGAAACAUUGUGCUUAGUGGUGGUUCAACUAUGUUCCCUGGUAUUGCCGACAGAAUGAGCAAAGAGAUAACCGCCCUUGCACCAAGUAGCAUGAAGAUAAAGGUGGUUGCACCUCCCGAGAGGAAGUACAGUGUCUGGAUUGGUGGAUCCAUCUUGGCAUCUCUAAGCACUUUCCAGCAGAUGUGGAUUGCAAAGGCAGAAUAUGAUGAAUCUGGACCUUCUAUUGUUCACAGGAAGUGCUUCUGAUUUAAAACAACUGAGUACUAUGUUAUUUCUGGGCAACUGGAGAGAUCUUAAACUUAAAAAAAUGUUUUUAUCUAUGAUUUUUCUAUAUUUGUUGUUUCUGGAGUUGGAUUUGCAGAAGGGAUGAAUUCUUUUGGUUUUAAUUCGAUAUUAAUUGCUUCUCUAUUA